AUGCAGACGAUAGGCCUGCCGACGAUGCGUCGCAGGAGGGCUCCCCCACGGUGCGCGGCGGAGCCGAAGAGGGCGAGCUUGCUGCUCGCUGUGAGAUCGCGCGCGUGCUCUCCGCGCCUCGGCGGUGCCGCCACACGCCGCCGCCGGCCCGAGGGGGCCGCCGGGGGCGCCGCCGGGGCCGCCGUCUGUCGGGAGGCCCCCCCGCGGCGCCCGUCGGCUCGGCCCUCCUCCCUCCCCCAGCCCCGGCCCGCUCCUUCUCACUCCUCUCCUCUCCCUCACCUCCCCCUCAGCGCAUGCGGCCCCGCAGACCUUGCGCGCGCGCGUGCGGCGAUGCCGGCCCGGGGCGGUGGGUCCUCCCAGGUGCCUCACGCGGUGCGUGCUCUCCAAGACCCGGCGGAGCUGGAAGCCUGCUGGAUCUGCCUCGGGGAGGAGCGCAACAGUGCCGAGUUGGGGCGGCUCUGCUCGCCGUGCGCAUGCCGCGGCUCCCAGGGGUACGUCCACAUGCGUUGCCUCAAGCAGUGGGUGCAGAAGUCCGUGGACAACACCUACGGUCGUGACGUCCUGCGCACAUUGCGGUGCCCCACCUGCAAG